ACUAUAAAACGCUGCAUUUCGGGGCUUUGCGCGUUAAAUUCCGCGCUCCGCCGUCAUUUAUGGGGCCUAAAAGUUCCCAGGCAGCGUCCAGCCGUAGCUCCCCUCCCUCUCGCCGCUGUGAUGGUUUGAAUACAGGCUUCUUCUUCGGGGGGUUACAUAAACUAAUCGUGUCGCCCAGCACGGUGAGUGAGAGGCUCCUCGACUGCAGGCCGGAUUAACGCGGAUUAUCUCGCCUCAGUAUCUGCGUGACCACACGUGCGAAACAGACUUGAACGGUAAUGCAAAACUUGGAGACCAGGAACAUGCCUGAGCGUUAAAAGUGGACCCCGGCCGUGGACGCAUCACUCAGGCCACUGGCUCAGCAGAGCUGAGUCCACCGGAUCUGUGGAUGCAGGCGAGGUAAAGCGCAGACCGGACUGAAGGGCGUUCCGUUACCGCUGAUUCAGCACAAGACUUUUAUCAAGAACUCUACACACUUGACAUGUUGCAAAAAAGACAACGAAGAGAAGACUUUUAUCAAGAAAACUACAAAACUUGACAUGUUGCAAAAAAGACAAUGAAGAGAAGACUUUUAUCAAAAAACUCUACAAACUUGACAUGUUGCGAAAUGAGUUGUUGGACCAUAUGGUGCAAUAAGUUGUUGUCUGCCGAGAUCCCUUUUGAAGAUAUUUUUGAAGUUAUUUUGAUACGUAUUUCAAGUAAAAAUUUUUUUAUUUCUCUAUUCUUAAUAUUUUUGAAGGACUUUUAUCAAGAACUUUAAACUUUUUAUAAUUGAGUGAAAAAGAGAAGUAGAGAAAUAAAUUUUUGUUGGACUAUACUUUAGUGGUGUGCUAAGUUUUGGUACUUGUUUUUAUUUUUUUAUACUAAAUUUUUAAAGGACUUUUAUCAAAAAGUCUACAAUCUAAACAUGUUGCAGAAAAAAAUGAAAGAGAAGUAAGUUGAUGGAAUAUGUGUUGGCUAGACCACUUUUGAUUGUGAAAAUGACUUUUUAAGGACUUUUAUCAAGAACUCCACUUAUUUUACUUGAAUGACUGAAAAAGAAAAACAAAAGAAGUAAAUUGUUGUUGGAUUCUACUUCAGUGGUCUACCUAGCAAGAGGAAAUUCUCCUAAGAGAACACCAGUCAGCAAAAAGGAAUCUACUCUUUUUUUGUGUGCUGAUCAGAAGGAGUUUCUCAAAGAGGAGGAAAAAAAAAUCUACAUCUGGUUUUUGGAUCAUGGCUCUUGAGUGCAUGCUGAAGUCUGGGGUUCUGCUCUGCCUCAUGACCCUAGGAUUUUCUUUCACAGUGCUUCAUAAUACCUCCAGUAAAUACACUCCAGUUGUGGAGAGCAUGGAACAAGGCAAACUUCAGGAGGAAAAGUAUAUGCCGUCACACGUUCACCCCAACCUCUACUUUGAUUUAACAGAGGUGAAGCAGCUGACAAAGAAGGCAGGCAGUACACACGGCCACAUUUUCAGAAUUAUCCAAAAUGCUGUCAACACCAUGCUGGAGAACCCGACCCUCUACCUGCCUCCAAUGAGCCAUGAAGACUUCGGAAAGAAAUGGAACGAGAUUUACGGCAACAACCUGCCACCUCUCGCUCUCUACUGCCUUCUGAAACCUGAGGACUCUGCUGCUUCCCAGUUUUUAAUAAAAUACAUGGAUCGUAUGUCGGAAUAUCCAGACUGGAUGGUGAGCACUGCUCCGCACGAUGAAGUUCCAAUGGCACACUCCCUCACUGGCUUUGCCACAGCUUACGACUUCAUUUAUACCUAUUUGGACACUCAGCGAAGGGUUCGGUACCUUAAGAAGAUCCGAGCGGUGACGGAGGAGCUCUGUGAACUGUCCAAGCAUAGAGGUUGGGGCAGGCAAUUCCUGCAGAACCACCAGACCACAAACAUACUAGCCAUCUUGACUGGAGCUAUUGUGACUGGAGUGCAUAAAGACCCCGAAAGCAUGAUAUGGAAGCAAAUUGCAGUGAACUAUAUGGAAAAGACUAUGUUCCUCUUGAACCAUAUCGUGGAUGGUUCCCUAGAUGAAGGUGUGGCGUAUGGCAGCUACACAGCCAAAUCCAUCACUCAGUAUGUUUUCUUAGCUUUACGUCAUUUUGACAUUGACAACAGAAGGAAUAAUUGGCUGAGAGCUCACUUCAUGUUUUACUAUGCCACCGUGCUCCCCGGCUUUCAAAGAACGGUGGGCAUUGCUGACUCCAACUACAACUGGUUCUAUGGGCCAGAGAGUCAGCUGGUGUUCCUGGAUGCAUUUGUGCUCAGGAACGGCUCCGGAAACUGGCUUGCACAACAGAUCAGAAAGCAUCGGCCUAAAGACGGACCCAUGGUGGCAUCUGUAGCCCAGGGCUGGGCUACUUUACAUACCGAGUUAAUCUGGUACGAUGCAGAGCUUUCUCCCAAGCCUCCACUUCAUUUUGGGAAAGCAAACAUGCAUGUUUUUUCAAACUGGGGUGUGGUGACAUAUGGAGCAGGGUUACCUUAUGCCCAGGACAACACGUUUGUGUCUUUUAAAUCAGGCAAAUUAGGUGGACGGGCUGUGUAUGACAUAGUUCAUGCUAAACCCUAUUCAUGGGUCGAAGGUUGGAGUAACUUCAAUCCAGGCCAUGAACACCCUGAUCAGAACUCUUUCACUUUUGCUCCAAAUGGACAGGUCUUUGUCGCUGAAGCCUUGUAUGGGCCAAAAUACAGCUACCUUAACAAUGUGUUAGUGUUCGCCCCCUCCCCUACCAGCCAUUGCAAUAAACCAUGGGAGGGGCAGCUAGGGGAGUGUUCCAAAUGGCUUCGAUGGGGCGAGAAAGAAGAAGGGGACAGCUCUGGCGAAGUCAUCUCGGCAUCUUCGCACGAAGACACGCUGUUUGUUAGUGGUGAAGCUGUGUCAGCCUACUCAUCGGCGAUGAAGCUGAAGAGUGUGUACCGGGCUCUGGUCCUGCUCAACUCUCAGACUUUGAUGGUGUUAGAUCAUGUGGAAAAGCAGGAGCAGUCUCCAGUGACUUCAUUCAGUGCCUUUUUCCACAACCUCGACAUCGAUCUCAGAUACGUGCCUCACAUUUCUUUAGACAGGUACAGUGGAACUCUGAUGGACGUGUGGGAUGCCCAUUAUAAGAUGUUCUGGUUGGACAGUCAGGGAGCCAGUCCGGUUCCCAGGAUACAAGAAGUGGAACAGGUCGCUGAGUUCAAGAAGAGAUGGACACAGUUCAUAAAUGUGACCUUUUCCAUGGACACCUCAGUCAGCAGGGUAGUUUACCUAAUGCAUGGCCCAUUUGUUAAAGUUUCCGACUGCAGGUUCAUAGACAAUGGCAAAAAUGGAGUUAGGGUGUCUGUUACUCUGAAUGGCACAGAGACUACUGUUUCCAUUGCCACAAAUUACAAAGAUAUAGGUGCCAGGCACAGCUACUUGGGCUUUGCAGGAUUUGCAAAAGCAGAGAGCAAACACAGGAUCAUUCGUUUUGGCCAGGGAAUCCAAACUUUACCCAGCCAAGAAAAAAGAGAGUCUACUUUUGACAUUAGAUUUGUGUUCAGCAUCAUCACAGUAUGGAUUCUGUGUUUUGCUUUUGUAUUUUCAUCCUUUAAGAGAAAGUUCAAUAUUUCUUUUAGUAAGAUAAUCCGAUUAAUUCUUAUUUCAGUGCUUUUUUUCUGGGUACUGGAACUUUUGGUAAUGUCGCAUAGUUGCGGGGAGGUCUUGUGUGGCGUCACAUGGCAGGAUCUUUCUGUUUCCGAUGAGGUAGUUACAAGAACCACAAUACCCGAUCACACCCCAGACCCCCUCCCAUUCAUAGUCAUGACGUCCCUCCCUGGCUCUGGGGCAGAGAUCCUUCAGCACCUUUUCGACAAUAGCUCUGACUUUGUGUACCUCAGAAUCCCUUCUCCUUACCUUCAUGUACCUGAGACCAACUUUGUGCUGGACUCUUUGGUGGACGCUUGCGAGUGGUCCAGAGCAGAUGCCCAGAGCAGAAAGUUCCUAGCCGUUCAGGGAUGGUUCCAUUCUAUGAUGCACAGCAUCAGGAUGCACCUACAGAACAUCCAGCUCUACAAAAGCAACCUCGAAGCAGGGAGUAAAGUCAGCAGUGCUCAGGGAAGCAGCAAGAAAAGUAGGAAACUUUUGAUGGAGCCUAGGGCAACUAUGAGGAGGAGACCUGCAGACCAAGAUGUGGAGUAUAUUAAGGGACUUCGGCAGCACUUGGUGACCUACCCAAAUGCCUGCCCUGUCCUGAACUUUCGGAGUGGGAGCUGGUCUCUAAAACUGCCUUUCAUUCAUGAGGUGAUCGGGCGUUCAUUACGCUCAGUCCAAGUAGUGCGAGACCCCAGGGCCUGGAUCUAUCUCAUGCUAUACAAUAGCAACCCAAGCCUUUACAGUCGUAUCAACAUUAAAAAGCACCUGCUUAACAUUGUGAACCAGAGCAGCAUGGAGGCAGGACAAGGGUGCACUAGGUUUGACCCAGCAUUUCAGCCGCUGCGAAGAAUCAGUGGUCAGCCAGACGCAAGCCCCAUGCUGCUACUUGCUCAUCUUUGGCUAGCUUACACUUCCGCCAGCCUCAGGGCAAGCAUGGACCUGCCCCCUCACACCUAUCUCAGAGUGAAGUUUGAGGAUGUUGUGCUUUUCCCCGAGGAGACUGCAGGGAUGAUACAUGAGUUUCUUGGGAUACCCAUUGCACCAGCUGCCAUAAAUCAGCUCACUUUUGCAGCGUCCACAAAUCUGUAUCAUCUUGCAUAUGAAGGAGACAUAUCACCUGCCAAAAUCAACAUGUGGAGAGAAAACAUGGCCUCCGAUGAGAUUAAACUAAUAGAGGAUAUUUGCUGGCCUGUCAUGGAGACACUUGGGUACCAAAGACAUGCAGUCAUGCACCAUUAAUGAAAUGCGAGCAGAUUUAACACUGACCUGAUUGCUGUUUUGAAUUAAAUGCAGAAU